AUGACCGCACAACCGGGCCAGUUUCUUGCAGGAAAGAAAAUCAUCGUGGCUGGUGGCGGAUUCGCUGGUUUAGCCUUUGUACUCGCCCUUGAUGAGCUAUGGCAAAGUUUGACCCUUGACCGUCCGGAGGUUCUGCUGUACGAAGAAAAUGGCCGCGACGAGUCUAUUCAGAAGGACCCCUAUACACUAUGCAUCAACGGGGCUAGCCAGGAUGACGGGCUAGUCGUUAUUCAACAGUUGGGCCUGUUAGACAAAGUUCGCGAGCAUUCAACUCUCAACAGUGGCGAUAUCCGCGUCUGGUCGGAUAAUUGGAAAUGGCUAUUUUCUAUCAACCCGACCGUAUAUGGGAAUCUCCCAGCGGCAACCAUGCGCAUCACCAGACAGAACCUCAAGCGUAUACUAGUAGAAAGGGUGGAACAGACACGGACCGUUCUAAAAUGGGGCUGCGCCUGUACGUCGGCCGAGCGUCUACCGAAUGGCCAGAUUCGUGUCUCUGUUUAUGAAGACGUUGGUAGCGCAAACAGUUCCACGCUAGACUGUGAUCUUCUCGUGGCGGCCGAUGGGGCUAACAGUCGCAUUCGGGCCUGCUUCAGACCCAACGACAUGAAACUCCAAUAUGCUGGCGCGACGCAGAUCGGCGGUAUCUCAUAUCUUCCAGAUGGACUUCCUAAGCCAAUUGAUCAGGACUUCAGCCUUCAGAUGUCUUCGGGCGAAGGGGUCUGCUGUAUCUAUCGUCCAUUCGACAGCAACACAAUCGACUGGGCACUGAGCACGGUCGGGCCUGAACGCGAACCAAAAACCAACUUCAGUCCGAACGAAUUCAAGGUAUUGAAACAAGAAGCCCUGAAGAGAGCCUCGAUGUUUCAGGAACCAUUUCAAUCUGUCAUUGAGGCAACAGUCCGCGGCACUGCCUUUAUUCGACCCGCAAAGGAGAAGCCUGCCUUCCCACAUGAUGCCGAUCUCCACGGGGUGAUGUUCAUCGGCGACGCAAAUCACAUCCUCAGCCCCUUUGAAUUGCUGGGUGCGAAUCUGGCGCUGAAGGACGGUUGGGACCUGGCUGAGCAGAUCUGUCAAAAUGAUUCUCUUAAUGCGGCGGCUGCCUCUUAUGACGGGCUGAGCAUUCCGCGAUUCCAACAUAACUUUGAUUUCUCCCAUGAGCGAAUCAAUUUUGGGCACUGUACGGGCAGCAAGUGGAUGUUUUACAAGUAUGGCAUGGCUGCGCAGCGUGCGCUGAAGAAGGUCCAUUGA